UUUACCUAAAUUUCACGUGUUUACGACCGCUUCUGAUAAGGGUCGUCGAAAUAUUGUUUAAUUAUCUAAAAUACUAAAUAAAAUGGCACUAGUGAUAAAUAACCGAACAAAGGUGCAAAACAAGGAUGAGUCCGAAUCCGAAAUUGACUCGGAUUCGGACACAGAACUGAAGCAGGAAGCUGAAGUAAAGGAAUCUUUAAGCGAGCAGGAUGAUAUCAAAUCUGGCAGUGAAAUGGGCUACGACGAAGAUGACGAGAAGGAUAUCUUUGACCAGCUGGAUGAUCAGACGAUCAAGCGGCCAAAAACGGACAAGGAAAAGGAACUGAUGUCGCUGGUCUUCGGCGCGAAAGCAGAACUGGUUUCGAAUCUUGCAGAUGAUUGUGUUGAAAGUGGCGCUGAGGGAAGAAAUAAACGACAAAGAUCCGCAGCAUGGCAUGACACCGAUGACGAGAAUGAUGAAGAUUAUCCCGAUAAAGCUCUCAAAAGUGAACCGAAAGCAACUGUUCGUCGGAGACGGAAACAAUACGAGAAAAUCGUGGGUCAACCGAAGUGGGCAGAUUUGGAUCGGGAAAAAGAGGUGGAUUCAGACGACGAAAUACUUCGAACCGUUGGACAUGUUGUUGAAGGCACUGUUUCGGAUCUUCCAAAGGAAAACAUUGAGUUGAAAAAGCUUAAAAAUCUGAACAGAGAGACGAAACAUGAAGGGGAAAUAACAGCAAUCAAUUUCCAUCCAACAUCGAUGGUCGCUAUUAUGGCAGGUACAAACGGAUUCGCUUCGAUUGUUGCGGUCGAUGGCACUAAGAACGAGAAGCUCCACACUAUAGGCCUCCAGAAGUUCAAAAUCGCAUGCUGUCGGUUGACUCCGGAUGGAAACGAAGUUAUCUUUGGCAGUUUCCGGAAGUUUUACCAUGUAUACAAUCUAAUAUCCGGUCAGAGCGACACGCUUCAGUUGAGUGGAGAAGGGCCUUGGACCAUGAAAAUGUUCGACUUGUCCAAGUGUGGCAAAUAUCUGGCUGUCGGUGGAAGUUUCGGCGAAAUUUAUCUGCUUGACGCUAGGAGCAAAGAUAUCAUAACAACCAUCCAGCAGAGACAUCACUGUUCUUCGAUCUGUUUCUCUCCAGAUUCCAAAUAUCUUUUUGCACACAGCAACGACACGGAUGUGUCGGUGUACCAUUUGGAAAAGCGUCGUUUUGUGAAUGUUUUCACCGAUGAAGGUUGUGUUAACGGAUCGUUUGUGGCUGUAUGUCCGAACAAUCGCUUCCUGGCUACAGGAAACCGCCAGGGUGUGGUAAACGUCUACAGGGUGGACAAGGUUUUAAAGGAAAAAUAUCCCUCGCCAGAGAAGACGAUUUCCAACCUCACGACAUCGAUAGGAUCAAUUGUCUUUAACGCUACAUCCGAGUUGUUGGCCAUAGCAUCUCCAGACAUACCAAACGCGGUCAGAUUGGUACACCUGAAGAGUGGCACCGUGUUCCGAAACUUUCCGAUGAUGAAGGCUAACCUCGGAAACGUUACCCAGCUGCAAUUCUCGCCCGGUAGCGGUUUCCUGGCAAUUGGAAACCGACAAGGCGUGGUUUCUUUAUUUAGAAUAAAGCAUUAUCAGAACUAUUAAAAUGUAAUUAAUAAACGCGAGAUAAACAUAAAAAAAAUAUUAUUUUUUAUAAAACAA